CCACCUGUGGAACUUGCUGUUGUGACAGCGGCAGUGGUAUUGACGGUGGUGGUGGCAACACCUGUGUCUGAGGGUUGUAUGCUGUUGGUGACGUGCUGUUGUACUCGUCGGUAUGGCAACCCUCGGAGUAGUUCUCGAAGGAUGAUGUUGGAUGGGAGGGUAGAGAGAUCGAUGACUUCCACCCAGGCAGUGAUGCGAAAUCCGCUACUGGUUGAUAAAUUGCCAAAGAUGCACUGGAAUCUGUGUAGACUUGCGCUGGACUCCUGUAGACGUUGUAAUCAUCGAGAGGCAGCUUUUGAUAAAGUCGACUUCCAGGCUGACGAAGAGGAGGUACUGAAACAGUAA